GUCGUUCCGUUGUUGCUGCUGGUUGUUGGCCGGGGACCGAAUCCGGUGGUCGGAGAUUUUAUGCAGGACAUCAAAACCGGAGUCCGGAUGGCGGGAAGCUUGUUAGGCAUCGAAACGAUAUCGGACGUGGCAGAUCUGGUGGCGAAGGGAUUCUCGCGCCAGGGUAUAUUUCUAAAACCGGAAGCCAAUACACCACUGCAAAAGAAGACGGCCACUAUGAUGGUGCUGAUUUGGAAACUGAUUGGACUAAACGGCAGUAAGCUGGGAGCGUUGGUUAUGAAUGCAUUAAUUUUUGUGGCCCACGUGAUUGCAACGAACUUGGGAACGUUCAAGAAGCCAGGGCUCGAUCAAAACUCCGAUUCAGAAUUCCCUAAGCCGGAUGAAUCAACCAUCCUUCAGUCCGAGUCCCCACUGGACUGGUUACUGAACAAUCCGCCGAAGCAGUUCCGCUACAUGCUGGAAUCGAUCCAGGAUGGCAAUCUGACCGAUUUCCUCGAAUCAGAUUUAGCAAAUCUACAGCACACACCAGCGGAGGAUUCCGGUUGUAUCCGGUUGUUGAUCUGCAAAAUUAAGCCCUUUAUAUGGAAAAUGCAAGAGGUGGUUCGUGAUCGGUUGGCCGUCGGUAGGGAUGGUUCCGAACCGCCGGAGGAAUCUGAUGGUAUCGUAGAGUCAAUUUUCCGCAACGUUCCAAAGCUGACGGAGUUCGAGGCGAACGGGGCUCGAUGCGAAGCUCAGUUCCGGCACUGUGCUCGCCGAUUCGGUUGAGUGAAAA